AUGCCGCAAUGCUUUAGUGACGCGAAUGGCCAGUGGUGGAUUACAGAGUCCGUAUGGCUGACAUCCGCCGCCGACAUCCUCGCUGCUUCUGCAGCAAUUCAAUCGGGAGAGGCGGGGCCGUACGGGUGCCAAAAUCAAAACGGCGUGCUGUCUUAUUUUAAAAACCAGACACGACGCGCAACUGAUAGCGAUGUCACUCAAGCCCUCAGUACGAGGAAUCGGGAACAACGAAUUCAAAUGCUCUUUGGAAGCAACUAG